CCGCAUAUAUAAAUAAAAUACCAUCAUCGAUUUUCCUUUCAUCGUGUAACAUUUGUACUGUCGUGCUGUGGAGUUUUACAAGUAUAACUUAAUACACUGAAAAUCGUCUUCAGUGUCGAGAUGAGUUAAUCGAAACAGCUGCGUAUGCUGGUUUUGUGUUUUUGUGCGGAUAUUUUGGAAGAAUUUCUUCACCGAAUUUUUUCCCCUUUUUAUAUCGGAUAGUGAAUUGUGUCUGCGUGUCUUUGCGCCUAUCUUUAUCAAGAUCUGCAUCAUCAUCGCCACAGAGAUCAUCUCCGAUUGUACUCGCUCAUCCGCGAUAUUUCCGCUCAUAUCAAGAUACACCGAUACAUUCAAUGAGGAUACAAAUCACACACAUCGGAGUAAUUCCACUAGCGAUAUUGACGGUAACCGUAUUGCCAUGUAAUGGCGAGUCUCCUCCUCUUAAUUCUUACGGAGUACCACCACGAGAAGGACCUUCACCUUCUUACGGACCUCCUCCUGCUGGACCAAAUUCUAGACCACCGUUUGGCGGCGGAGGAUCGCCACCAGGUGGAGGUCACGGUUCACCGCCUGCCGGAGGAGGUAAGCCGCCAGGAAAGCCGCCAGCUGGCGGAGGUAAUCCGCCGAAUCCUGAUGACUCCGGAAGCGAAGGAGCCGAACCGGAGCCAUUCAGCUUCAUGUACGAAGUAAAAGACGCAGCCACCGGUAACGACUACAGUCACAAGCAAGAAAGCGACGGCAAAACAGUCAAAGGCGAGUACAAAGUCUUACUGCCCGACGGACGUAACCAAGUGGUCACAUACACCGCCGACGACAUGGGUUUCAACGCGAUGGUCAAAUACGACGGUGAAGCCCAACCAGGUCCAGCAGGACCUGCACCCCAAGGACCUCCAGCACCAGGAGCUCCACCACCACCUGGAGCAAAACCAUCGGGUGGUUUUGGUGGUGGUGGCGGUGGCGGCGGCGGAGGUGGCGGAUACCCAUCAGGAGGACCUGGAGGAUUUCCACCACCUAGCAGUGGUGGUGGUGGUGGUGGAGGUGGGUACCCUAGAGGAGGUCCGGCUGGAGGAUCUGCUAUGCCACCUGGUAAUUCUUAUCUUCCUCCGAGUUCUGGCGGAUACAGAUAGUUUUUAUUGUGAUAGGUACCUACAUAAUAAGUGAACGAUAAAUGGAUGUGUGAAAAGAUGGUACAAUGAAUUCGAUAGGGAGGAAAUUUGGGAUGAAUGUGGGAUUGUUUUGGCGUGUUUUAUUUAUUUAUUUAUUUAUUUUUUACCAUCUCAUCAAUCGUGUGAUUAUGAUAACUAUAUAGUGAUGCAGUGCUACCAAUUUAAUUUUUUAUGUAUUUAUCAAGUUCAAUAAAGCAUUUAACAAUUCA